GUGUAACACAUCAUGUCCACAGCAGCAGAAGUUUUUGUAGCUAAUUGAGUCAAACCAAGUCUUUUAUUAAAACAAAUGAAAGCCAGGCGUCGUUGUAUUUAGAUUGACAGUAGCCAUGAGACUGUACCAGGCUCUCCGUAACGUCGACAAGUUCAGAACCGUGUUCGACUUCGGCGGGCGGGAUGUGGCUCACUGGUUCCCCGGACACAUGGCUAAAGGACUCAAACAGAUGAGAGCCAACCUCAAGAAUGUGGACUGCAUCAUAGAAAUCCAUGAUGCCAGAAUCCCCCUCUCUGGGAGAAACCCUGUGUUUCAGGACACACUGAACGUUCGACCACAUCUGCUAAUUCUUAACAAGGUGGACCUGACUGAUCUGUCCAAUAAGCAGAGAAUCCUGAAGACACUAGGAAAAACUGGAGUGAAGAAUGUUCUCUUUACAGACUGUUUAAAGCAGAGAGAUGACAACAUCAAAAAGUUGGUGCCAAAAUUGAUGGAAAUUAUUGAGAGCAAACCACGUUACAACAGAGAGGAGAAUACAAAUUACUGCCUGAUGGUGAUCGGAGUGCCUAAUGUGGGGAAAUCAUCUCUUAUCAAUUCACUGAGAAGAACAAACCUGAAAAAAGGUCGUGCAUCUCGAGUAGGUGGAGAGCCAGGUAUAACUAGAGCUGUCCUGACCAGAAUUCAGGUGUGUGAGCGACCGAUAAUGUACCUGUUGGACACACCAGGAGUCUUGCCUCCUAGGAUUGAGAAUGUUGAAACAGGCAUGAAGUUGGCCUUAUGUGGAACUAUACUGGACCAUUUAGUGGGUGAAGACGUUAUCGCUGACUACUUACUCUACUCUCUGAACAGGCUUGGAAAGUUCAGUUAUGUGGAGAAAUAUGAGCUUCCAGAACCUAGUGAUGACAUCCAGCAUGUCCUCAAACAUAUUGCUGUGAAACUUGGAAAGACUCAGCGGGUCAAAGCUAUUACUGGAGUGGGAAACAUUACCAUCACGAUCCCAAACUACACAGCAGCAGCUUAUGACUUUAUAAGAGCCUUCAGGAAAGGAGAGCUGGGACAAGUGAUGCUAGACUGAACUGAGCUAUUUUAAUGAAGAUCAUGCAGUUUGUUUGGUUGUGAAGUCAAUAAACCCCUGUAUCUUUUGUAAAUAAAUUAAUUUAUCUAUAUUGAGCCACA